UCUUGUUUGUUUCUGCGAAAGGAGCGGAGGAUGGCAUUCCAUGCCGUCGCUUUCCCCUCAAUGGAUGCGACUUUUACUUCAACGGAAGUCUCAGUACUAUUCCCAGUUUCAACAUCGGAGAAGUUUCAGGAAACAGUAUUUUGUCCCAUGCUAAGAUAUUUCACAGAAACGGCGAGAGGCUCGUCACAGCAUCUUCGAACCAUUGCGAUUUUUUUAAUGACACAGAAUCGUGCGGGACGACAUUCUUUUUCAUGAGCGAGAUUGACGACUGGAAUAAAGCGGAUGUUGUUGGAGCUCAUCCAAUCCCGUCAGAGGUCAUUCAGGAUUUCACGGGGAAGUGCGUGAUACUUCGUGUCAGCAACUUCUACCUGAGCAAGAGUGGUUGGAUAAACGAUGGCGACAGCCGAAAAGGGUUUCCACAG